AACUAGGUAAAAUUAAGUCAAUACUCUGGUAACCCAGUCCGCAGCUGUUGAAGGACGUCUUCGCUGUGUCGGUUGCGAAAAAUCAAAUAAAAAUUUUCCUCCAUAUUUGUUUUGUGGUGCACUUUGCACGAAUAUAUUAUUUUGAAAAAGUGUUCAUAAUCAUACAUUGUGGCUAAGGUAACGCCUUACCCGAGCAUGAGUUAUUCCGGAAGGAAUAAAUUCGAGAUCGCUCGGUUUUCGGGCGAAGAUGACAAUCAUAUAAACAGAAAGUUGCCUAAAGAAUUGCUGCUCAGGAUCCUGUCCUAUUUGGACGUUGUUUCGCUAUGUAGAUGUGCACAGGUAUCAAAACUAUGGAACAUACUCGCUUUAGACGGCUCCAAUUGGCAGAGGAUAGAUUUGUUCGAGUUUCAGAGAGAUGUCGAGGGACCAGUAAUAGAGAACAUUUCACAAAGAUGCGGUGGUUUUCUAAGAGAACUCUCUCUUAGAGGUUGCGAGAGUAUAGGCGAUGGGUCCAUCAAAUCUUUGGCGCAAUCAUGUCCGAACAUUGAAGAUUUAAAUCUGAACAAAUGCAGAAAAAUCACAGACCACUCUUGUCAGGCGCUUGGAAGGAGAUGUAAAAAACUGCAGAGGAUAAACUUGGACUCAUGUUCGAACAUAACUGACAUAUCUCUGAAAGCGCUGUCCGAUGGAUGCCCGAUGUUAACCCACGUGAACGUAUCCUGGUGUCAGUCAAUAACAGAGAAUGGUGUAGAAGCGCUCGCCCGCGCCUGUCCACGACUCAAGACAUUUAUAUGUAGAGGUUGUAAGAAUGUGAAUGACAACUGCGUGUCAACGUUGGCAACUUAUUGCCCCGAUCUCAGCGGACUCAAUGUACAGGGAUGUGAUCAACUAACAGACGAAUCAAUAUCAAAACUCGGCCCCGCCAUGCGUCGGCUCUGCGUAUCGGGCUGCUCCCGUCUGACGGACGCCGCCCUGUCAGCACUAGCGGCCCGCUGCCCCGACAUCGUGACGCUGGAGCUGGCGCAGUGCAGCCAGCUCACUGACGCCGGCUUCCAGGCACUGGCCAGGAGCUGCAGAAUGAUAGAGCGCAUGGAUCUAGAAGAGUGUGUGCUCAUCACUGACAGCACGCUCGUACACUUGUCUAUGGGAUGUCCUAGACUUGAGAAAUUGACGUUAUCCCACUGCGAGUUAAUAACAGACUAUGGAAUCAAACAGUUGUCCAUGUCGCCCUGUGCUGCUGAACAUCUUACUGUACUUGGUCUAGACAACUGUCCACUAGUGACAGACGGGGCACUAGAACACCUGACUUCCUGCCACAAUCUUCAGUUGAUAGAACUGUAUGACUGUCAAAUGGUCAGCCGGAAUGCUAUACGGAAGCUCAGGAAUCACUUACCAAACAUAAAGGUGCACGCAUACUUCGCGCCCGUCACCCCGCCGGUCGGAGGCGCCGGCACCAGACCUCGGUACUGUCGCUGUUGUAAUAUUAUUUAAAUAUUUAACUAAUAUAUAUGUAUGUACUAUGUAUCAUUUGUAUGUAACUGCCAGUUAAAAUCAAGGGGAAUCAUUUUAUUUCGA